UCCAUAGGAAGGCGCAACUGGAAUGCAGCGAAAGACUUGCAGAGAUACAGACAUCGUUACCCGGGUUUGAUAGAAUCAGAAAAUGAAGAGGAAGAAGAGAUGUGGAACUUAAGCUUUUAUAAAAAUGAAAUCUGUUUUUUGCCCCAUGGUUUGCAUAUUGACAAUCUGCUUGAAUCUUGGUGGGACAACUAUGAAGUUCUGGAAGAAAACCAUUCUUAUAUACAGUGGCUGUUCCCUUUACGUGAACAUGGGAUGAACUGGCGUGCCAAACCACUCACAUGUCAAGAAAUCCGGGCCUUUAAGAAGUCCAAGGAAGUUAUGCAGAGGUUUCUACGUGCUUAUCAGCUCAUGCUGAGAUUUUAUGGAAUCAUCCUGGUCAACGAGGAAACUGGAGAACUCAAGAGAGCAGAGAAUUGGGCUGAACGAUUUCAAAACCUGAACCGGUUCAGCCACAACAAUUUGCGGAUUACUCGCAUCCUGAAGUGCCUGGGGGAGAUGGGAUAUGAACACUAUCAAGUGCACUUGGUAAAGUUUUUCCUAACAGAAACUCUUGUUAAGGAAACAUUGCCAAAUGUCAAGAGAAGUGCCUUGGACUACUUCUUGUUCACUAUCAGAAGCCGACGGAAGAGAAGAGAACUAGUCCACUACGCCUGGCAAUAUUUCAGACCUCAGGGCAGCUUCGUGUGGGGGCCGCAUGACAAACUCUUAAAGUACAGACCCCGCUCUGCUAAGCCACAGCUGCACCAAAAGGCUGAAGAUAAACAGGAAACUCCUGGUAAAAAAUGUGAUGAUUCUGUGGAAAAGGAUCAGACCCAGUCUACAGAGGAGGAACAGAAAGCUGGAGAUGCUGCAGACUCGCAACCUAAAGCGAACGAUGAAGAUGUGAAAGAAAAGAUAAGUGAAUGUGUUUUGGAGGGAGGAGAUGGUGAAGAGGUGAAAGAGGCUUUGUGUACUCAGCAGGAGGAGAGGGAUUUAAAGAGUGAGGCUGAAGAAGCGCAGGGUACAGCAGAGAAUGAUUGCACAAAGGAGAGCAAGAAGAGAAAACUGGAUGCUAAUAUGGCAGACACCAAAAAGAGUGGAUCAGUGAAAAGCCCUACUGAUAUAGAAAACAUUUCCCGUAAUCUGGGAGAAUGUGCAAUCGAUGCAGAAAUCCACUCCUCGGUUCCUCUCUCGCAAGCAGAAGAGGACCAAGAAGAACUGAAAGAAGAUGAUGCAAGCACCAAAGACUCGGCAGUGCCGGAGGUGGCUGAUGCAGCUGUAAAACGGAGGAAAGUGGAUAAAAGAACGGCGAGAGGCAAGACGUACAACUUGGCCAUAAACCUGAGCAUGGGGUCUUCUGCCUCUAGGGCCAAGUUAAAUCCAUCUGUUGCAAACCCUGAGGCCAAGAAAGAAAAUGUCAGUGAGAAAAAUGCAGCCAUGGAAGUAACAAGUGAGAAGAGCGAUGGUGACGCAGAUGGUGGGGCUGUGACUUCCCCAGUUGGUUCCAAGUUCCCCGAGGCUGGCUGGACUUCUCCAGUAAGUGAUGGCUUGGAGUCAAGUGGACAUGAAGUCACAGCGAGGAGUGAUCAGCACUGUUGCAACAGCACCCUCCUGGGAGGCAAGAGUGAGGUAGGUGGGGUAGAACAGCAUAAAAAGGCAGAAAGUGCAAGUGAAAAAGGGGAAGAGGAAAUCAUGGGCAAGAAACAAGUUCCAGAGGGUCUUGAGCAGAGCAUGGCAUCCGCUUGUCUUGAAGAAGACAGUGCAGAGAUCACAACACAAAAACCUGAAAGCUCUGAGCGUGCAGCAGGACUUGAUGAAGAGCAGGUGGCAGCAGAGUGA